AAGAAACCGUUCAGUGAUGGACUCCUGGGAAAAAGGACCACAGGCUGACAGAAGACGACGGUCCUUCCUAGCAGACUCACCCAACGCCCGCUGCCGAGCGCCGUCGACACAAUGGCUGCGCGCCCAGCAGCACUCUGGGCAGCGGCCCGCCAAUGCGCGCCGCGCCGGCCCCUCGCAGCCUCUGCCCUAACACAUGCGACCGCAGCAUCACCAAUACGCUCUCCACGCCCUCUCUCGACAUCCCACCCCAACGAUGCGACUCCCACCAGCGGCAACACCGACAACAACACCUCGGACCCCUUCGCGGCACGCCGCACAAAAGCCACCCACUUCGGCUUCGAGACCGUCACCGAGUGGGAAAAGACGGAGCGCGUGGCGGGCGUCUUCCACAGCGUGGCCGACUCGUACGACAAGAUGAACGACCUCAUGUCGUUUGGCUGGCACCGGGUGUGGAAGGACCACUUUGUGCGCGGCCUCAGCCCGGGCCUGUCGCCCGACCCCUUGAACCCGUCGCCCAUGCGCGUCCUCGACGUGGCCGGCGGCACGGGCGACAUCGCCUUCCGCAUGCUGCACCACGCCCACGUCGUCAACUCCAACCCAAACGUCCGCGUCACCAUCUCCGACAUCAACCCCUCCAUGCUGGCCGUCGGCCGCUCCCGCGCCGAAUCCCAGCUCCCGCCCGGCCAGCUGGCCGCCCUCUCCUUCCUCGAGGCCGACGCGACCGACUUCCUGGAUGAACCCUCGCCGUCCCACCCCAAUCCGGCCCGACCCCGCCACAACGUCCCCGCCCCGGGCAGCCUGGACCUCUACACGGUCGCGUUCGGCAUCCGCAACUUCACAGACAUACCGGGCGCGCUGCGCGAGGCGUACCGCGCCCUGCGACCCGGCGGCGUCUUCGCCUGCCUCGAGUUCUCAAAGGCCGACGCCAACCCGCUCUUCAACGCCGUCUACAAGCGCUGGUCCUUUGGCGCCAUCCCGCUCAUCGGCCAGCUGGUCGCAGGCGACAGGGACAGUUACCAGUACCUAGUCGAAAGCAUCGAGCGCUUCCCCUCACAGCGCGACUUUCGCGACAUGAUCGCCGCCGCCGGCUUCGACGUGCCCGGCAAGGGCUGGGAGGACCUGACGGGCGGCGUGGCCGCCAUCCACAAGGGCGUCAAGCCGCUUGACGGUUAGACUAGGGAUUCCUCUAGACCUUUUUUUUUUCCCCACUCUUCUCCCUUUGUACCUGAGCCUCAUAUUUUUUUUUUUUUCAUGCAUUUCACCUUCUCGUCAUGUGUUUGACUCUACAGCACGGCAUUUACGGAGCAACCAAAAGGAAGGGAGGAAAUCUCAAUACGAGUAAUUGUCUUCGUUGGAGACAGGAUAGAUGUACAUUAACUGAACAAGCAGCAAGCAUUCCAAGCUGCGAACCGACUGUGUGACGAAGAUAUACUACUGGUGAUCGCUUCACCUUCCGCUGUGAACCAGCUUAGAACUGCCCUUGUUCGGGUAGGGAGCAAAGCCAAAGGAGCAGGC